CAGGAAGACAAUCUGCUAAUCAAAUUUCAUAUAUAAGACUGCGCAUAAUUUUUAUAAUAUCAUCGAAUUGCAAAUUUUUGGAAAAUCAAUUCCGAUUAUCAUUAUAAUCUUUUCGGUAUAAUUUUUUUUUUUUUUUCUUUAUAAAAAGCAAGUAUUUUGAUUCAUCGUCAAUUUCAUACUUCAAAAUGAUUAUUAUUUGCGACCCAAACAAAAAAAAGGAACAUUUUCCAAAUGCUUUCCUAAUCUACCGCGCAUUAACCUGGAAGCUUUACAAAAAGAAUUCACCAAAUGUUAAGCAACAGAAUUAUUCUGUUGCAACUGGCGGUCGUUGGAAAGACGUCCCAAACGAAAUUAGAAACGUAUAUACACAAUUAUCUAUCAAGUUAUCUGAAGAUAAUCAUGUACCGGAUGGAUUUUUAAUCUUUCGAGCAAUCAGUUGGGAAACGUUAAAAGAAAGAUAUCCAAAUGCAACUAUUGCAUCUGAAGAAUGGGACCGGCUACCAAGCGAGGAUAAGACAUUUUACAUAAAAUUAUAUGAAGAGUUGUCAGAAGCUACGAAAAAAAAGAAAAUUUUGAAAAGCAAAUUAAAAAAGCAAAAAAAUAACAAUAUCUGA